CCGCCUUACUGUCACUGGAAUCCAGGGAGAGGAAAAAAGCGUGGCUGCUCUCCUCACGUGUGUCGGGAAGCUCACCGCGCAUGCGCAGCUCCCUCAUGACGCGGACACAGACAGCUGAGGAGCUCAGAUUUUAGGUGAAACAUGGCGGUGGAGAAGCGCCUGGCGUUGGCUGUCGUUCAGUUCCUCCGAGAUCAAACGCACUGUGGAGCUUUGAAUUCUGACGAACAGGAGAGCCUGGAGGUUGCCAUCCAGUGCUUGGAGACAACUUUCAAAAUCAGUUCCAGUGAUGGUCACCUCGCAGUUUCACAGCCGCUUAGAGAGAUUUUCCUCAACGCUCUGCUCAAGAACGACAACAUCACCUCACCAGAAACGUCCCCGUCUCCGGAGGACAUCGAACGAGCCGAGCAGCUGAAGAACGAAGGGAACAACCACAUGAAGGAGGAAAACUACAGGUGUGCGCUGGACUGCUACACGAAGGCCAUUGAUCUGGACCUGAGGAACGCCGUGUAUUACUGCAACAGGGCUGCAGCUCACAGCAAACUGGGGAAUUACACUGAAGCCACGAGCGACUGUGAACGAGCCAUCGGCAUCGACCCCACCUACAGCAAAGCGUACGGCCGGAUGGGUUUGGCUCUGACAGCGAUGAACAAAUAUCCUGAAGCGAUCUCCUACUUCAAGAAAGCUUUAGUGCUGGACCCUGAGAACGACACCUACAAGUCCAACCUGAAGAUCGCCGAGCAGAAGCAGAAGGAAGCGUCGAGCCCCAUAGCGGCCGGACUGGGGUUCGACAUGGCCAGCCUAAUCAACAACCCGGCCUUCAUCAGCAUGGCGGCGAGCGUGAUGCAGAACCAGCAGGUGCAACAACUCAUGUCGGGAAUGAUGUCCAACGCGGUCGGAGGUCCUGCCGCCGGAGUGGGGGGGAUGUCGGACAUUUCCAGCUUGAUUGAGGCGGGACAGCAGUUCGCCCAGCAGAUCCAGCAGCAGAACCCGGAGCUGAUAGAGCAGCUGAGGAACCACAUCAGGAGUCGCUCCUUCAGCGGCAGCGCCGAGGAGCACUCAUGAUCCAUCCAGUCACAACUUUAAUCUUUAACCAUACGGCGCAAAAACAAUCUCAACACCCAUUUCUUUAAGUCAAAUCCCCGGCUUAGCUGGAACGAAGAGACGAGGAACGGGUUGAAGGCACUUGUGACUGAAGGCUCCGCAGGGAAGGCCGGAGAGCCAGGAGACAGAAGGAAGAGCCCAGAACUCAUCAGCCCACCGAGAGAAACCAGAGAGAAACCUGUGCCGAAACCGCCGCCUUCUUCACGCUCAAACUCAACGAUGAAGAGGCCUGAGAAAUCUCACUCCAAUUCUGCUCAAAUCAAACAUCCGGUUGGUUUGUAACAUCUUUGUCAUUUUUGUAGACAGAACUGUAACUUAACGCGAACCCAUCCCUGAACCGGUGGGACUUGUUGCUUCACGUCGUGCGUCACUUCUAACACGUGUAUUGCAGUGUUUGCAGCCUGUGUUCUGUUGAUUUUAGCACUUUAGCGAGAAAAGAACUGCUGUCCCCUUUAAGCAAAUCUAUUCAGUCACACACCGUUUGUUUGCAUGCUCUUCAAUCUGGUGUUUGAGAUCGGAUGGAUGAAGGUGAGCUGAGGCAGGACAGGACCGGUUUUAUUUGAAGACAAAAAUAAACAUUUUCAAAUCGAA